CGCGCUGCACACGAGACAACGACGCCGUUCGCGUUGCUUCCCGAAAAUUCGCGCAUAUACUCAUCGCGUGCAGAAGCAGACGCGCGCACCUUUCUCGCACUAUACUUUCAAGUAGUACCGGCCGGCAACGCGCAUCAUCUGCGCUGCGCUGUUUAUAUACACAUACAUAGGCAUAUCCACUAGCCGGCUACGGGCUAUCCAUCGGGGAGAGCUUCCAGAGCAAACAGUCGACUACCGCGCUGCGCGAACGCAUAAAACACCGGCAUAGCUGUUGCCAAGCCACACACGUCCUUUGUCUCUGUAUCUGCGAGCAGUCAGUCCGGUCAGUCGCUUCGAAGCAACCGCCGAGAGUAGACGUCACAACUUCUUUGAUCCCGAGGAAACCGAAUUCAACUUUGAGAGUCAGGAUGUCUCUGUUCCCGCUGCUCUUCUCCAACUGGUGGGAGGAACUCGACCGGCCGCACCACGUCCGCGACCAGCACUUCGGCGUUGGCCUGCACCCGGAUCACCUGGCCGUCCUGCCGACCGACAUCUUCGAGCCGAGGCCCCCGCACCCGAUCUCCAGCCUCGUGCCCCAUCUGCCCCGGACUCAUCACGCGAGCACCCACAGCCACUACUACCGGCCCUGGGGUGAGCUUCUGCGUCGCCAGAAGGAGGGUGGCAUCUCCACGGUCAAGGCCGACAAGGACACUUUCCAGGUCGUCCUCGACGUCCAGCAGUUCUCGCCCGAGGAGAUCAAUGUCAAGGUGGUCGACAAGUACGUCGUCGUCGAGGGCAACCACGAGGAAAAGCAAGACGAGCAUGGCUGGAUCUCGCGCAAGUUCACCCGGCGUUACUUGAUCCCCGAGCAGUGCAACGUCGAGAAAGUCGAGUCGAAGCUUUCGUCCGAUGGAGUCCUGACCAUCUGCGUUCCUCGCAAGGAGCAGCCAAAGGCCGAGGGUACUGAGCGGGUCAUCAGCAUCCAGCACACCGGCAAGCCGGCCAUCCGCGAGAAGAAGUCCGAAGGCGAAGAGAAGAAGGUUGAACAGAAGUAAAAUCUUCGUCGCGCAUUUCAUAAUUCCUACGUAUCUCACUAAUGCAUUUAUAUAGUGUCAUCCAAGCUUUAAAAUCUACUAGAAGCUUUAACAUUGUUAGAAUAAGUUUCUUUACUAUUUAAUACUUAAUAUACCUUGAACGUUGUACGCUUACUUGUUCAUUUUUCAAAAAAAAGAACGAUAUAUCGAACGUGCAGCGUAUCGUACUAAAUAUUUCUAAGUUAUUGUCUGUAUAAGAGAAGUUUUCAAAAGAAAAUCAUCAAUAAAAUGAAAGUCCUUUUUUUUAA